AUGAAAGCGUCGGAACAGCUCAUCACCAGCGUAUCAUCACAGAAUACAAAUGGUUUCGCACCUUACGACGUGAUACUCCCGGUGGUGAUGAAUAUUGCGCGAGUAGGCGGGUCUAAGGUCCCCGUUUAUGUGUCAGCUGGCUACGGUAUUGAGCUCGAUUUGGCAACUCAGAUUGUACUAUCCGCGGCCGAGAACCGCAUUUGCGAGCCUAUUAGAAUUGCCGACUUGUUCUCCAGGGAAAAGGUGCGCGAGUAUUUCGAUGGUUGA